GGGGGCUCCUCGCCGGCCGGCCAGGAGAUGGACCUUCUCCCCUCCUUCCAUUGCCCCGGCGACCUGAGCCAGCCCCCCGACUCCGGCCAGCCUGCGCCCAGAGCGAGCGACUCCCCCGGCUGCGAAGAAGACGAGCCCCGUCUCCGAGCCGUGUUCGAUGCCCUGGACCGAGACGGGGAUGGCUUCGUGCGGAUAGAGGAGUUCGUGCAGUUCGCUACAGUCUAUGGAGCAGAACAGGUGAAGGACCUAACAAAAUACCUAGACCCCAGUGGACUUGGAGUAAUCAGCUUUGAAGACUUCUACAGCGGGAUUGGAACGAUCAGAAAUGGAGAUUCUAACAGCCAGCGGUACGAGAUGGGGUACACCCGAGAGGAGGAGACUCCCGUCUGUCCUGAUGAGUUUGACGACUUCGUCACGUUUGAGGCAAAUGAGGUGACUGACAGCGCCUACGUGGGUUCCGAGAGCACCUACAGCGAGUGCGAAACCUUCACAGACGAGGACACCGGCACGCUGGUGCAGCACGAGAUGCAUGACGAAGUAGAAACCGACAGUGCUAUUGAUUCCACGGUGCACUCAGAGUUCACCGACCCUAUAGAGGAGCCAGAGAACGGGUCCCACCCACACGACCUGCCCUUGAACUCAGACCUCCACCCCCACUCCGUCGUUACGGUAAUCAGUGGGGAGGAGCACUUUGAGGAUUACGGCGAAGGGAAUGAAGCGGAUUUGUUCUCCGACAGCCUGUGUAACGGGGAAACCAGCUUCAGCAACUCCUCUUUCCUGUCUCCCAGCGUCAACCCGCUCGUUGCGAAACUGCACAGCAUUGUCACUGAUGAGGCCUUUGAGUUUCACUGUAGCCAGUGCCACAAACACAUCAACCGCCUCGAGGACCUUUCCGCUCGCCUGAGUGAUCUUGAAAUGAAUAGUCCAAAUAAACGGCUCUCGAGCAAGAAGGUAGCAAGGCACUUGCACCAGACAGGCACCCUGGCCGUGGAUGUGAUGGAAGAACCACUGCGGGACCCCCUGGAGCGUGCGGAGGAGGACCUCACCGACAAGGUCGUCUUCCUGGAAAAGAGGGUAACCGAGCUGGAAAAGGACACGGCGGCCAAUGGAGAGCAGCACAGUCGGUUGAAGCAGGAAAACCUGCAGCUGGUGCACAGAGCGAAUGCCCUGGAGGAACAGCUGAAGGAGCAAGAGUUGAAAGCAGACGAGACGCUCCUGGAGGAGACCCGAAAGCAGCGAGAUCUCCUGACCCGGCUGGAGAGAGAGAAGAGCAUUGAGAUCGAGAAUCUGCAAGCCAGGCUGCAGCAGCUGGAGGAGGAGAACGGCGAGCUGCGAUCCUGCGUCCCCUGUCUGAAAGCCAACAUCGAGAGGCUGGAGGAGGAGAAGCAGAAGCUGGUAGAUGAGAUGGACGACCUCGCCGCGCUCCUGGGGGAGGAGCAGGAAAGCAAGCGGAAGAUGGGAGACAAGCUGACCCACGAGAGGCACCAGUUCCAGAAGGAGAAGGAAUCCACCCAGGAGCUGAUCGAGGACCUGCGCAAGCAGCUGGAGCACCUGCAGCUGUUUAAGCUGGAGGCGGAACAGCGGCGCGGCCGGAGCAGCAGCGCGGGACUCCAUGAGUACAACAGCAGGACGCGGGAGAGCGAGCUGGAGCAAGAGAUCCGGCGGCUCAAGCAGGACAAUCGCACCCUGAAGGAUCAGAACGACGAGCUGAAUGGACAGAUCAUAAACCUGAGCAUUCAGGGAGCCAAGAACCUCUUCUCCGCUUCCUUCUCCGAGUCCCUGGCUGCCGAAAUCAGCUCCGUCUCCAGAGACGAGCUGCUGGAGGCGAUUCAGAAGCAGGAGGAGAUCAACUCCCGCCUGCAGGACUACAUCGACAGGAUCAUCGUGGCCAUCAUGGAAACCAGCCCCUCCAUCCUGGAAGUGAAGUGAAGGCAGCCGGGCGCUGCAGCCCGCCUGCGGAGGGCCAGGGUGGACUUGGCGCGCCGAGAGGCGAAGGAGACUUCGAUCUCGAUGACGGGACGCGCGGUCUCACUUCGGCCCGCCGGAUGAAUUCCUCCCAGGGCCGGGGGAAGCGAAAAUGGCAACAAAGCUUUGUUGUGGGCCGCUCCCUCGAGACCCCGGCUGGCUAUGGGGCGCAAGGGAAUCUGGAGGAACAUGUGGUGCGGGGGAGGGGGGAGGAGGGGUCCUGACUCCCCACAGCAGAACAAAUCAAAUGGUGGGACAGCCGCACGCUGGACCCUGGCAGGAGGUGACUCCGAAAGGCCUCCUGACCCAGCUGGAGCCCUAGAUGACUUCUCUCCAUGGAGCGGGCGGAAGGAAGGGGGCAGGGCGAUGGGCAGCUUGGGUAUGGGGCGCAACGGGGGUUUACACACUCCUGGGCAUUUGCAUGUGCGCGCUCCGGCUCGGUAACGCCGCGGCAGCCGCUUCGAAUGCGCCGUGGGGCUGGCUCCGCUCCUCGCAUGAUUCCCGGGGCUGGCUUCCUGCAGCGCUGGCUCCGUCAGCUGCACAGCUUAGCACGCCUCGAUCGCGUCGCAGCUGGGCGGGGCUGUAGUCGGGUAGCGAGUGGCCGGGGGCCACCACGGGGCUUAGACGCAGGGACAGCAGCUCCCCGGCCUGUGAGAUUUCGGCCUGGCUGAUUAGCGAAGACCUGCCAGCUGGCAGUGCCUCCUCGCUUCUGCCGCACGCCGGGCAGGGCUCAGCCUGGCACAGCCAGCCAGGCGUGUAAGGCAGCCCGGUGCGGCAGAGAAGACCACGACCCGUUCACAUGCUGCUUUCAGGGUCCAAGUGCUGUUACACGUCACUGCUGUGCGCUACGGGCCCGAAUGCCAGCGCUGGCGCCCCUCCCAGGCGGGCUCCCCCAUUCCCCUUGGCUUGCCAGGACACUGGAGUCGCGUAAUGACUCCAAGCUGGGGACCAGCGGCUGCUGCUUUGACCCCAGGCCGCCUGCGGGGGGUUCCAGCCUUUCCACCCAGUGAGGCUGGUGCUGGCAUGCGAAAAGGUGCAACGGAACCGGCGGCCCGCUGGCACCCGAGAGCCUUGCUAACGCGGGACCAUUCGAAGCGCCUGACCAAACUGGGCCGCUGCCUUUGAAGCCCUGGCCAGUGCAUCAGCCAGGAAGUCAAAGCCGCAGUUGCUCAACAGCACCCAGUGGCUUUGGGCCCCAGGCCGGCACACUCCCGACUGACUCGGCUCCUGGGCUUAGCUCUUCCUCCGCUGAAAAAAUCCGGUUCCUCCUGUUCCCCUGCCAUCUGCCCCCAGGCUGCUCUAGGAGCCCACACGAAACGACUCCCCUGUGCUGGCUGAAACCCCAGCUGGCCCGUUCCCAGGCGCAGGCGACGUUGACUCGACAGGCGGUUUCUGUUGGAGCCGGGGGUGAGUCGCUUGCAGAAGGGCCUAGUUAGCCAGGCCAAGGUGGCGAAUCCUGCCGUGGUGGUUUGCUCUGCAGCUUCCUAAAUGUGCCCCUGGGCCACAGAGCCAGGGCAUCUGCACUGUUGGCCCAGCUGCUCAGCAGGGCAACCAGGGCCAGCUGCUCCCUCUGAGUGCUGGAGAGUAAUAACACCCCGACCACUGUGACUACAGAGCCAGCAUCUUGCCUUCCUCUUAAUCCAGGAAGGAGAAGCCCUGGGCCCCAGGCGGCUUUCUUCAGGGCAGGCACAAUUGCAGAGUGUGAUUCGUGCUGCCCCCGAGGAGGUCUCUAAGGUGGGGGAGGGCCGUGGGGAGCGAUCCCCCAACCCAGGCAGUGGUGCUGGCCGUCCCUGGCGUUCCUGUCACGCUAGCGCAGCGGUGGUUUCAUGGGGCGUCCGUGUGGAUUUGCCCGGAUUUCAAAUGAGGUGCUGCUGGGUAAGAGAAUGAGGUGGGGGCGGGGUGCAGGUCGCUGCUUUCAACUCCAUCUCCCCCAUGCCAGGGCGGGGCUCCCAUCUCACUGGGCCCUCCGAGAAGUCCCCGGUCGCGCUCUGAACACACCGACCCUCGGGCUUGUCUUCGUACUGUGCCGAGCGAGAGGAGACCCCAGCGAGGGCUGCAUGCUCUCUGCUCGCUCGCCUGAGCAAUGAGCCGCGAUCCUCUUCCUUCUCCCUCCCCCACCCCGGGAGCCUCUCCCAGCAAGCCAUGAGCUCCUGCUCGCUUGACGGCUCUCUGAGCUGCCCCCUCGUGGCCCGUUUCCCUCCCUGAGCCUGCGGGAAGAAGCCACGGAAUGUACAUUUCCCGAGUAGCUUUGCGUGUAAAUCAGUGUAUACUUGAGAGGGAAAUUUUUCUAUCUUGUAGAGUAGGUAUUUUUUAUAGACAGGAGGUUGAUCAAUUUUUUUAAUACUUUAAAGAAGAGAGAAAUGUAUCUGUGUAUACACAUAAAUAUAUAUAUAUAUAUGUAUAAAGAUAUAAAUAUCAGAGAUCUGCCUUUCUCAACUUGGGAUGGUGUAUCCCAGUUAAUACAUGUUCUCUGUUGAUCACUAAGAGGUACUGUAACUGUAAAUAAAUCACCGGGAAAAGAGGUUUAAACAAAAAGCACUGACUUGCACACUGACCUUGCUUUAAGCCCCGAGGAAAACUGUACUUCCCCACAAAGGUCCUGUCUCCCUGCUGGUAUGUGAAGGAAACUCCAAGCAAGAGGCAAACCCAGUAUUGUCUGAGAUGAUGUAUUGAUUCUUGUCAAAUUAAAGCUGUUACAAUGAG